CGGAGGGCGGCCGCCUCCGCCCUGCGGGGUCCGGGGUCCCGGCCGGCGGGAGCGCCGAGGGCAGAGCGGCUGUGGGCGGCCCCGCCUGUGCCUGCGCUCAGUGGUCGGCCCGGUGGUAGGGGGCGCGGCAGUGGGUGACGCCCACCCUGGUGGCGGGAACUACCCCCCUUUCCAGCUCUCUGCCGGAUUCCAAGGAGCCAGUCGCGCCGGGCUUUCUAGAAUGUCUCGGAGGCCUCAAACCCUGGCCGCUGGGUGUUUUUUGUUUUGUUUUGUUUUGUUUUAUAAAGAGCCGACCCCAAGCUCAGAGUUUUCAUCAGGCAUCUCUAUCUGGCUAGACUUGAUCAUUUGUUUUCAUCUCACAGUUCCUGGAAAUACUACCUUCCCUUAGACAAAUGAUUCUGAUUUCCCAUUUAAAGUGGGAAUGUGAGGGUCGCACUUAAAAUGAAUGUAUUUCUUGUAAAAAGGUAAAUAGGUUUAAACAAACAUAAUAGGUAGCGGAGGUACCAGGUGUGACAGAAAUUGUAAAGGUGAUCCCGUGAUCUUUUGACUGUCACACAUGGACUUCCAAAAAGCUCUAAAGGAAACUGUCCUCAUUACAGGAGGAGGUGGCUAUUUUGGUUUCCGCCUAGGCUGUGCUCUGAACCAGAAAGGAUUCCAUGUGAUUCUGUUUGACAUCAGCAGCCCUGCUCAUUCUAUUCCAGAAGGGAUCAAGUUUAUCCAUGGAGACAUUCGCCACCUCUCUGACGUGGAGAACGCCUUCCAGGAUGUGGAUGUCACGUGUGUGUUCCAUAUUGCCUCCUAUGGCAUGUCAGGGCGGGAGCAGCUGAAUCGGAGCCUGAUUGAAGAAGUCAAUGUGGGGGGCACAGACAAUAUCCUCCAGGUUUGCAGGAGGAGAGGGGUGCCAAGAUUUGUUUACACCAGCACUUUCAAUGUCAUCUUUGGAGGUCAAGUUAUCAGAAAUGGAGAUGAGUCUCUGCCUUACCUACCUCUUCACCUCCAUCCCGAUCACUACUCUCGGACCAAAUCUAUUGCAGAGAAGAAGGUACUGGAGGCCAAUGGUACCAGCCUGGUAAGAAGUGAUGGUGUCUUAAGAACCUGUGCUCUGCGCCCGGCUGGUAUCUAUGGGCCUGGAGAACAAAGGCACCUUCCCAGGAUAGUGAGGUACAUUGAGAGGGGUCUGUUCAAGUUUGUGUACGGAGAUCCUAGGAGCCUGGUUGAAUUUGUCCAUGUGGAUAACUUGGUACAGGCUCACAUUCUGGCCUCAGAGGCUCUGAAAGCUGACAAGGGCCACAUUGCCUCUGGGCAGCCCUACUUCAUUUCAGAUGGCAGGCCCGUGAACAACUUUGAGUUCUUCCGGCCUUUGGUUGAGGGCCUAGGCUACACGUUCCCAUCUGUCCGCCUGCCAUUGACCCUCAUCUACUGCUUUGCUUUCCUAACAGAAAUGGUUCACUUCAUUUUAGGUCAACUCUACAACUUCCAGCCCUUCCUCACCCGCACAGAAGUUUACAAAACUGGCGUCACACAUUACUUUAGCCUAGAGAAGGCCCAGAAGGAGCUCGGUUAUGAGCCUCAGCCAUUUGACCUCCAGGAAGUAGUAGAAUGGUUUAAAGCCCAUGGUCAUGGCAGAAGUCCUGGGAAUCAUGACUCUGAGUGUCUUGUUGGGGAUGGGCUGAUGGCCUUACUCUUGGCUCUAGCUGUUCUCACGUGGCUGCCUGCUUUUGUGGUUCUGUCACUAUGAGGGAACUAGAAAUAAGGACCUGAACACACUUGCUGAGAUGGUUUUCAAGAAUUGUGAGUUUAAAAUGUCUGUCUAGGCAGGAGGGGAAGAAUGAAGGGGGGGAAAUCAGAGGGAGAGACGAACCAUGAGAGACAAUGGUCUCUGAAAAACAAACAGGGUUCUAGAGGGGAGGGGGGUGGGGGGAUGGGUUAGCCUGGUGACGGGUAUUAAAGAGGGCAUGCUCUGCGUGGAGCACUGGGUGUUACGCACAAACAAUGAAUCAUAAAAUGUCUAUCUAGAUCUAAAUAUAUCUAUAGAUAGAUAUCUAGAUAGGUGGAAAUAGAUAUCUGGUAGCAAAUUUGGCUCUUCAAAUUGCUACUUUAGAAUAGAUUCUUGGAUUAAGUCUUCAUUUCUUACCUUCUUGCACUAAUCCUGAUAGGAGAAAAAAAGAAGCAAAGACAAAGUUGAAAUGUAAUUUCUUGUAUCCUCCUUUAGAUGGAUAUGAUAGAAAUCAUACUGGAGCCAUGGAGCCAGACUGAGGAAGAUUGGAAAUGUCUUGAAUUUCUCUGAGCCAAAAAUGUACUUAUUUCUGUUCUCUACACUCUGCAUCCACUGAAAAUAGACUAAAAUGUGCACUGAUAUGAGAAUGGCAAAACACUAACAGGCUUGAAAAUGUGUGAAAAACCCCAAAUUGGGUCAGAUCCCUACAGACCAACCCUCUGAGGAGAUGGUAGCUGUUGAGAGGCAUUAGCUCUUCAUUCCUGUAGGAUUUAGGAAUCAGUUCUUACCCUUUAUGAUAAAAGGGCAUGACCCAUGUGUGACCGCGUGGUAACGUUUGAGUUUUAAACAAACAGAACUUUGUCUUACCUCAUAGGAUUCUUUUGAGGAUUAAAUUAGACAAGACAUAUAAAGUGCCACUCAACACACAAGCCAUUGUUUUUAUUAAUAUCGUUGCUAUAUAUUCCUUGUGAGGGUUUUCUUCGUCAGGGGAAUUCUGUUCAGAGGGUGCUGUUGCCACUAACCUUUCUGGAACGUCUUUGUGAUAAGCCCUCAGUCUGUAACAAGCAUGUUUGAAUAUACGCAGUGUUUGUAAAGUUUUGGUCUCUGAGCUUAGAUUGAAGUUUAGGAAACAGCUACAAAUCUGAUUAAGAAAGAUGAUCAAGCUAAUGAUGCCAUUUGUAAUUUAAAAAUGAAACAUAACUCUCAACUAGUAGACUGGUUUUCUUCUGGGAAGAAGUUGGGUUCUCAGAAGGCAACUUCCAGUGAAGAAUGUUUUGAACAAUGGAGGUAUUGUCCAGCCACCCUUGAGGCCUGCUGUGGAAGGCAUUCAAGGUGUCCUGUUGCACAGGAACCAAAGUGAAAAGAAGACAGAGAAUCUUUACCCGUUUCAUGAUUCCAGCUUCAGAAAAGACAGUAUUCAAGCACAAGGCAGAGAGAUUGCUGCAGAAGGUUACGUUAGAAUUGUGUUGAGAUUAUUGGCAGAAAGAGGAAGCUAGAUGAAUACUCCCUGGUAAAUGCUACCUGGGUAUUUUGGAAAAAGUGCUCAACCUGAUACCAGAACACCUGCAACCAUGAAGAUAUUGUGUGGCUUUAAUCCAGUAACUGAAGCCUCUUACUUUCCUCACUUGGGAAAUAGGAAUGACUUGUAUUUGCCUUUUCUACAAACCCACCACCCACCUCACAGGGUUUGUUGUGAGCACAAAAUAAGAUGUCGGGAAAGUACUUUUGAUAUAUAAAUUACCACAUAAAUAUGAGGUAGUGGUAGUGUUCAUUUUUGGUAAAAUGUUUUUGGAGUCUUCUAUUUUAAUUUUUUUUGUUGUUGGGGGCGGGUAGGGGCAGAGGGAGCGAGGUAAUCCCAAGCAGGCUCCACGCCCAGCACGGAGCCUGAUGCGGGGCUCGAUCUCACGACUCAGACCAUGACCUGAGCUGAAAUCAAGAGUUGGAUGCUUAACUACUGAGCCACCCAGGUGCCCCUAUCUUAAGCUUUUGCUUGUAUGAGCACCUAUGGCAUACCCAACAGUACAGGUGCUGUAGGGCAGGUUCCUCUGCCCUCUGCCACCUUACAGCCCACAAUGGCGUGGCGUGUCCACACGAGGAUACUUGAUAGUGUGGGUAUGUUCAGUAAAACACAAUGGCGUGGGGUGUCCACACGACACUGAUAGAGUGGGUACGUUCAGUAAAACCCACAAUGGUGUGGCGUGUCCACACGAGGACACUGGUAGAGUGGGUACGUUCAGUAAAACCCACAAUGAUGUGGCGUGUCCACACGAGGACACUGAUAGAGUGGGUAAGUUCAGUAAAACACUUGCCCACUGUUAUUGAGAGGCGUCGCAGCCUUUCAAAACAUGUUUUGAAUGAAGUCCUUCAAAAGAAUAAUAGAUAACUUCUUAGUUUUCUUACACCAAGUAUACUCAGUAUAGUGGGGUUUUGAUUGGUUUUGUUGUUUUCCACAAUCGAGAUCCACAUGAAAUUCAGGGUGGAUAUAUGGGGUCUCUUGUCAUCCAGGUGUGAGGUAUUUGGCUAUGCCACAACAUUUGACACUGUUGUCCACUGAAACAUAGUUCAUUCGCUGUUCAUGAACUCAUUCUUGGUCUUUCUCCUUGUAUUAGUUACCUAUUGUACUACCUCAAGAUCUACUACAAAUUACCCUAAGACAUAUCUUAACAAAUCACUCUUAGACAUAUGAUCCUAAAACAACAAACGUUAUGUCCCAGUUUCUAUGGGUCAGGCAUUUGGGUGCAGCUGAACUGGGUUGGUCUUGCAUAGGGUUCCUCAUGAGGGUCAUCUCGUGAUAUCUGGAAUGUGGUCAUCUGGAAGCCUGACUGAAGCCGGAGGAUGGCUCAUCCACAUGACUGUUGGCAGGAGGCUCCGUUCCUCACCGUGUAGGCAUCUCCAUUGGACGGCUUGAAAGUUUUCAUGACAUGGUAGCUGGUUUCCCCCAGAGCGGGUGAUCCAAGAGAGCAUGGUGGAAGGUACAAUGUCUUUCAUGACUUAUCCUCAAAGGUCACAACUGUCCCUCCAUAAUAUACUGUUUACACAGGUCAGUCCUAUUCAGUGUGGGAAGGAAGUACCCAAAGGUGUGAAUACCAGAAGGUGGGGGAAGGUUGGAGGCCAUCUUGGAAGCUGGGCUCUUGGUUCCAUCCUCUGAGUCUCCUUUUUCCAUUAAAGGUAGCCCAUGUUUACAGCUACAUCGUUUUCUCAGCCUGCUGACACCCAGCAGGAUUUGGGAGGUCUAAAGACCUCUUUACACUUUGUAGUGUAUCUCUUUUCAGCCCAAGCUGGUGGUGUUACUGCAAAUAUAA